ACAAGUUAUUCGUAUAACAUGAAGUACUAUUUACGACAUGUCUCUUUCCAAGCAAAAGUCUGAUUGAAUAAUGUUAGUCCAAAAAUCAUUUACAGGAAGCUAGGCAGAACAGGAAUGACAUUUAGGGAGGAAUAGAAUUUGGUGCCAGAACCGAAACGAUCCGCAAAUAGUAAGGAUAAAGUAAUUCCUAUACAUGGAGUGAUGCAGUGAGCACCUCAGAAGUACAUUAUUUGUCUGUUGGUUGAUGGGAGCUUGAUAACGUCAUCAGCAGAACGGCCACCUUUGAGUGACUUCUAGCAUACAUUAUUUGUCUGUUGGUUGAUGGGAGCUUGAUAACGUCAUCAGCAGAACGGCCAACUUUCAGUGACUUCUAGCAUACAUUAUUUGUCUGUUGGUUUAUGGGAGCUUGAUAACGUCAUCAGCAGAACGGCCAACUUUCAGUGACUUCUAGCAUACAUUAUUUGUCUGUUGGUUGAUGGGAGCUUGAUAACGUCAUAGAACGGCCCACUUUCAGUGACCUCUAGUAUGCGUUAUUUGUCUGUUGGUUGAUGUGAGCUUGAUAACGUCAUCAGUAGAACGGCCCACUUUCAGUGACCUCUAGUAUGCGUUACUUGUCUGUUGGUUGAAGGGAGCUUGAUAACGUCAUCAGUGGAACGGAACAGCCAUCUCUUGGUGACAUCAAGAGUACAAAACUUGUUUAUCGGUCAGUGAGAAUUUGAUAAUGCCAUCAGCGGGAUGGCCCACUCUCAUUAAAACCAUUCCUGAGCACCAACACGAUGUCUCAACCGACUGCUGUUUUCAACAAAACUGAAAGUGACCCCAGUUAGCAGAUACACUUUACGAUACCAUAGCUGUCUGUAUCUAGUGAACCAGAUACACUAGGAAACAUAGACUUCCAGCCUGCACGAGAUAGGAUCUACACGAGACCAGUUUCCAUAGCAACACAAACUUGAACAGGAAGAGGCGCGGUCUCUCUGGCUCUUUCCCUAGUGAUUUAUCAUACAAGUUUGCCUGCCGGAUUUGUUGUACCAAACUGCACCUCUCUUCAGGAAGAACAUGAAGUUCCAAGUAAUCUUCCUAAGAAGCAUUCAUGCUUUAGUUCUAUUGCAAGACACUUCUCAAGUAAACUUUUCCUUCUGUCAAACAACAGACGGUGAAGAUGGCAUUUGCGUCAGAGAAUCUUACUGCCGAACAUUACGUGCGAGCAGUACUAAACAGAUGUGUAACGAAAUUCGUGGCGUCAGGGAAGUUUGUUGUCCUUUCACUUUAAAGCCCUCGACUGAGUCCACUCAACCUCCAACAACACCACCGCCACCUUCAAGUCUUCCUACUCAGAUUUCACCACAUAAAAAAUCUGAACAGUUGAGAAAAUAUGAAUAUCUAAAUGAAGAAUUCUGUGGACCAGUAACUAGUGCGUAUGUCGGUGGAAACGAUACUUCAGUUAGCUAUUGGCCUUGGAUGGCAGCCAUCUUUAGAAAAUUUACUUUCAGUAAACGGUUUCUGUGUGGAGGAACACUAGUGAACACUCGCUACAUAUUAAGCGCUGCCCAUUGUUUCGUUGAUCACAACAGAAAGAUUCCUGCAAAAUUUCUUUUCGUUCGCUUGGAAUCGAGUAAGUUGGACCUUUCCCUGGUAAGUGAAUCAGACUACAAUGUUGCCGAAGUCAUGGUUCACGAAAAUUAUGACAGUCAACGCUAUUAUAACGACAUUGCCCUCUUGCGGCUUACAGAAAACACUCAUCAUGGUACUCCAGUUUGUUGGCCCACGCCAACAAUUUUGGGCAGUGCAGAUAUUUCACCAGGAACCUUUGCUACUGGUACUGGCUGGGGGGAUCUGGCUUUUGGUGGACGAUCACCUGAAGUUCUUCAAGAAGCUUACAUUCCCAUCGUAUCAAACAUCGAUUGUAAUGCCGCCUAUCGGAAUUUUAAUGCAAAAGCCUUACCGCAUGGGAUUACUGAACAAUUUAUAUGUGCUGGUUACGAGAAAGGAGGAGUAGAUGCAUGCCAGCGAGAUUCUGGAGGCCCUCUGGUGGUAGUAACACAGUGGAGAUAUGCUGUUGUAGGCAUAGUUUCGUUCGGUUAUAUGUGCGGCGAACCAGGUUUUCCAGGUGUGUACACACGAGUGUCUCAUUUUUUGCCGUGGAUAGCAGAAAAUUUGAACAUCACUUCAGCGUAGUUGUGUGAGGCUCUAGCGGGGUAUUUUGUCAUUUUAUUGAUCCUAUGAGUAUCAUACAAUUUGUAGAACCAAUUCCCAUUAAAAUAAAGUUUAAUUGAUUUAUA